UGAAUAUUAUUGUCUAUGUUUUUCAAUAAUGAUGUAAUUAAACAUUCUUUCUCAUUUGAAUUUUUAACUAUUAAUGAAUAGUUGAUAUUGAAGAAUGGCCAGAUCAAUAAAAAAAUAACUAUAAAAAAUGAGUGAAUAUUUGUAACACAGAUAGAGACGUUCCUGCUAAAAAUGAAUCCAUCUUAUUUAAAAAAUUUCAGCAAUCAUUUCAGAUCUGUUAUGAAAUAUGCUUCUCUUUACUCAACCAAAGUUACAACACCAAAGCUGAAAGAAAAAAUAGGUUUUAUUGGGGAUGGAAACAUGGCCAAAGCUAUAUGCUUUAGUAUGGUCAAACAAAAUAUUGUAGAUUUCUCUCAAGUUUACGUUUCAAGCCCUUAUAAAGCAAACUUGAAUAUUUGGAAACAGAAAGGUGCUAAUAUAUCAACUCGUAAUUCUGAUGUAGCCUCAGAAGCAGAUGUAAUCUUCUUAUGUGUUAAACCACAUUUUUUACAGCCUGCUUUGGAUGAUAUAACUAAAGUUGAUAAGAGAGCAGACGAUGUAAAAAAUAAAUUAUUCAUUUCGAUACUUGCAGGUUAUACUGUGAAUGAUUUAGAAGUAUUUCUGAAACCUUUUGAAAGCUGUAGAAUCAUUAGAGUGAUGCCAAAUACGCCAGUUUUAAUUGGGGAAGGCUGUACAGCAUACUGUAUGGGACAUAAUGUGACAAAAAAUGAUGUUGAUAUUGUAAGAGUUAUGCUAGAAUCUACAGGCAUGUGUUUUGAAGUAGAAGAACGCUUCAUUGAUCCUAUUGCAGCUGUGUGUGCAAGUGGACCAGCCUAUGUUUAUUUGUUUAUAGAAGCUCUUUCUGAUGGAGGAGUGAGAAUGGGUUUGCACAGAGAAAUGGCAACAAAAAUUGCUGCUCAAACUGUUUUGGGAGCCGGUAAAAUGGUAUUAAGUACAGACAAACACAUGGGAACUCUCAAAGAUGAAGUUUGCUCAGCUGGAGGUACUACAAUUGCAGGCAUACAUGCAUUAGAAAGGGGUGGAGUUAGGGGUUCCGUAAUGAACGCUGUUGAAGCAGCAACAAACAGAGCAAAAGAGUUGAGAGAAAUUGAUAAGGAUAGUGUUUAAUGAAAAUUUAUUGUUUAAUCAUUUAUGUGAUAUUUUGGACAAUAAAAUAGCAUAAUCUAUACAAUUA